AUGUUGCAGCUGCAUUAUCACAUUAUUGGUGUGAUCUUAAAGAUAAAGUUGCAGGAUUGGCGCUUGUGCAGAGUCCUUAUGUCUGCAGGAUCAUCAAGAUUUUUUGUUUUGAGUACAGCCUUUUCCAUAAAUUCAGAGGUCUUCUUUAAUCCAAAGAUAUACAAUAGAGGCUUUGCAACUCCUUUACCUGUUGUAAUAGACAAGUGUAUUCAGUCUGCACCAAUUGACACAAGACGCUCCCUGUAUAAGAAUAUUGUGUUGUCUCGAGGAUCAAUGAUGUUUAAAGAGUUCCACCGAAGGUUACAAAGGGAGGCACAACCGGUUGAAUUUAAUGUAGUCAGCCAUCCUAUCCAGAAACACGCUGUAUGGUUUGGAGGCUCUGUGCUUGCAUCGACACAGGAAUUUUUUGUGGCUUGGCGUACACAGGCAGAAUAUGAAGAAUAUGGGGCAAGUGUAUGCAGAACAAAUCCUGUUUUUAAGGGGAUGUAUUGAUUGAUACAAGAAGAAGGCGUGGUAUGAUAGUGGUUGUCUACAUUUUUUCAAGGUUAGGUUUAUCAGCAAGGACAACUUAAAAAUAUAUACAGAUUUGUUGUUUAACACGAUCACCUACCUGCAAUGUGGCCACUCUUGGGGUUUAAGAAAGGAAACUUGCUGUCAUGGACUUAUUUGUAUAGAUAUUUAGUGUGCCAUUGACAAAUUCAUUUGUAUAUAAAAAGGCUUUUUACUUGACUGAAAAUUAAGUGUAUAUUCUGCAAGAGAAGAAUAAAUAGA